CUAAGGAAAACCAUGGGAUUGCAUACAGAGAUGCGCCUCUUGUUAAUUCACUGGCUGUUUCCGUUAUCAUUAGCAGCUGCAGCGGCAGUAGCAGAGUUAACACCAACACCUCUUGCAAAACCUGGCUGCCCACACGUUUGCGGGAACCUUAGCAUCCCAUACCCAUUUGGCACUCGCAAAGGAUGCUUCCUAGAUGAUAAUUUCUUGAUAACCUGCAAUGCCACCACCAAUAAGCCAUUUUUGACAGAUGGAAACAUAGAAGUCCUAGACAUAUCACUUGAUGGUCAGCUUCGAAUCUUCUCCUGGGCGGCCUACGAUUGCUAUGACAAGAACGGGAAUCAGCUUUCUUAUUUUGAACCAUGGACCACGUUAUCCAAAUUCACCCUCUCAUUUUCCCGGAAUAUGUUUAUUGCAGUAGGUUGUGACAGUUAUGCAUGGGUUCGAGAUUACUGGGGAGAUACCUACGCCACUGGAUGUUUGUCUAUCUGUUACACAAAUGAUUCGGUGGUGAAUGGGUCUUGCUCUGGUAUUGGCUGCUGCCAAACCUCCAUUCCUAAAGGCGUAAAGAAUUUCAAUAUUACUGUGACAAGCUACAACAACCACACAAGAGUAAUGGACUUCAACCCCUGCAGCUACGCCUUUGUUGUUGAAGAUGGUAUUUAUAAAUUUUCUACAUUAGAUCUUGUUAAUUUUCAAAAAGAGGGGUUCCCUGUGGUACUUGAUUGGGCAAUCGGAAAUAAGAAUUGUAAAGAAGCUAGAAAGAACACAACAGCUUAUGCAUGUAAGGAGAAUAGCGUGUGUCUUGACUCUGAUAAUCAACCUGGGUAUCUUUGUAACUGCUCCAGUGGUUACAAGGGGAAUCCUUACCUCGCAAAUGGUUGCAAAGAAAUUGAUGAGUGCGAGGAUCCUAGCCUCAACAAAUGCAUAAGUACCGCAAAUUGUCUAAACAUAGUGGGAAGCUAUACAUGUUUCUGUCCCAAGGGUUACCAUGGAGACGGAAGAAAUGAUGUUAGACUAAUUUUAUUUGUAGGUGCAAGUAGUGCCGUUUCCCUUCUAUUUGUGAUCAUCUCAUUUGUAUCAUGGGGACUUCAAAGAAGGAAAAUCAACGAGCUUAAAAAGAAAAACUUCAGAGACAAUGGUGGGCCAGUUUUGAAACAAUUACUCUCCAAGAUUGAAAGAACUGCAGAGAAAGCUAAAAUUUUCACCGAAGAUGAAGUCAAAAAGGCAACCAAUAAUUUUAAUGCAAGUCAAAUUGUGGGCAAAGGAGGGUUUGGGAUAGUUUACAAAGGAACUUUAGAUAAAAAAUUAGUAGCAAUCAAAAAGUCCAGAUUUAUGGACCAUGAUCAGAUUGAACAAUUUGUUAACGAGGUGUUCGUUCUCUGCCAAAUCAAGCAUCCAAGCGUGGUAAAACUCAUAGGUGUUUGCUUGGAAACAUCGGUUCCCUUAUUAGUAUAUGAGUUCAUUGGCAACAAGACCCUCCAUUACCACAUACACAAUGAGGUUGGUGGGUCCUCCAUGCCAUGGAAAACUCGUCUGAGGAUUGCAGUGGAAACUGCAGAUGCACUUGCACAUAUGCACUCUGACGCUCCCAUACAUAUCAUUCAUAGAGAUGUUAAAUCUGAAAACAUACUUCUUGAUGAUGAAUUCCAAGCCAAAGUAUCCGAUUUCGGAGUUUCAAGAUUGGUUCCUUUGGAUCAAACUCAGGUAUCUACAUUGGUUCAAGGAACACUUGGAUACAUAGAUCCUGAAUACUUACUUACAAGCUUGUUGAAUGAAAAGAGCGAUGUGUAUAGCUUCGGGGUUGUCCUUUUAGAGCUAUUGACAGGACAGAAAGCACUUUCUUCUGAUAGGCCAGACAAGGACAAAAGUCUGGCUGCCUUCUUCAUUGACUCAAUGAAAGAGGACCGCCUAUUUGAAAUUCUCCAUGAACGAGUGAGAAAUGAAGGAAACUCGGAGCAGCUUAAGGGGGUUGCUGAGCUCGCAAAACGCUGCUUAAGAAUCAAGGGAGUGAAAAGGCCUACAAUGAAGGAAGUAAAAAGUGAGCUUGAGGAACUAAUGAUGGGCAAAUGCGUUCAUGUUUAAGUUGCCACUGAUAUUGAAGAGACAGAGCCCCUGCUUGGUCCACCAACCAAGUCCUGCAACACUAGCGUGUCGCUUGGGCCUGAUAGCAUAAAGUUUCAAGCAGCCAUGCAGUUAGAGAGUGGACGUUGACAAUCCUCAAUAUACAUAAAUAUAAGUUGUAUGAUUAUGUCUAAACUCCACUACGAGUGCUAUGUGUUUGUCUUUGUUUAUGUAUGUGUAAUUUGAUGUGAGACACAAUAUUGCAUUUGUGCAAUAACCUCAAAAUCUACCAAGCUGAAUGUUUUGAAUUAAUAUAAUCCGCUUUCAGACGUAA